AUGUUUUGGGACCCUCUCUUCGAGCACGUUGCUUCCCUCGCUGGUGCUCCUCCUUCCCAGAUAAAGCUCAUUUUCUCUUUCCUCGUCAGCUACCCUCUCGGAUCUCUCUUCGUUCGGAUCCCUCCGGACCGUCCCAACCUGGCUCACAUCUUCUCACUCGUCAUCUCACUCUUCUUCUAUGUCCCUCUACUCAACCUCGGUCGAGGUCUUGCUCACCUACUCUUCAGCUGCGCCGGCACCUACGCCCUUGUGGUCGGCUCUAGAAGUGCUAAUAUGCCUUGGAUGGUCUUUGCCUUCGUCAUGGGACAUUUAUCUCUCAAUCACUUGCGACUCUCAUUCAAAGGUACCCCUAUCGACGAAAUUGAGAUCACGACCAGCCAGAUGGUGUUGGUCAUGAAGCUCACCAUGUUCGCUUGGAAUGUUCAUGAUGGACGCCGAAAACCAGAGGAACUGGACGCAGGUCAAUUGACAACGCGACUGCUACAUGUACCUAGCCCUCUUGCAUUCCUCGGAUAUUGCUUUUUCUUCCCCUCUUCACUCGUCGGCCCCUCGAUGGACUACGCGACAUAUGACGCCCUGGUAAAACACACCUUGUACUCUCAGCCUACUGCAGGGACCGAAGAUCCGCAAGGAAAACUAAAGCGGCGGGUGCCUCACGGUCGGAAACGCGUCGCCUAUCUUCAUCUGGUCAUUGGGCUUUUCUUUCUUGGGGUGUACGCAAUAUUCGGUACAAAGGCGAGCUAUGAAAGAAUCUUGACUCCGGCAUGGUACACCUGGGGACUGGCCACUAGAUUCGGUUUCGUCCAGGUCGCUGGAUUCAUAGCCCGUACCAAGUAUUAUGCUGCGUGGAGCUUGAGUGAGGGGGCGUGCAUCCUCACGGGAAUUGGCUUCAACGGCUACGACCCCAGAACAGGUCGAACACUAUGGAACAGGGUCCGGAACAUCGAUAUUGUGGCGAUCGAAUCGGCCGAGAGCUUUAAGGUUCUUUUUGACAGCUGGAAUUGUCGUACCAACGUAUGGCUCCGUGAUUGCAUAUAUAAGCGUCUGGUUACGAAGGGUAAGAAACCUGGGACAAAGCAAAGCAUGGCCACCUUCCUCACCUCUGCUUUCUGGCACGGACAUCAUUUGGGCUAUUAUGCCGCCUUCACUCUGGCCGGUGUUCUCACAUCUCUUGGUCGGCAGUUGCGCACCUACGUGCGACCUUACUUCUUACCCUCUCCAUCUGCUUCCCAAUCAUCGCCAAACGCCCUGCCUCGAUAUCCAUAUCCUAACACGGCGAAAAGAGUGUACGACAUCAUCGGUUGGAUUAUGGUGCAGAGCAAUCUGAAUUUCACCGCUUCAGCCUUCAUACUGCUGUCGUUCCGCAAGAGUAUGGUAGCAUGGAAGAGGAUGUGGUUUUACUCGCCAGUCCUGGCUUUGUUGGCAAUGGCAUUCUUCCACUUUGGAGGUCGAGCGAUGUUACGGCGGGGCUUACAGAGCAAGAAAGGUGUUGAGGGUGUACCGGAUCUGAAUGUGGUACCGCCGACACCUAUUGAAGUCUCAACUCGCAGGUUACGCCAGCUAGACACGGAUGCCGUAGAGAAGGCCACGAAGGACUUGACGUGGAUCAAAGAGGAUCUGAACAAAGCAAGCUAUGAGGAUAGAGGAGAAGGGAUCGGUAGACCUGACGCUGGUCUGGUGGAUCAUAUAGUACAGGGUACGGAGACGCCUAGAGGUUGAGUUCAUAUCAUACAUAGAGAUCUGGGUAUAAGGUUAUAUGUUAUGGAGAUGACUUUGUG